CUAGUCAGUUUCUAUCUGUUAGUGAUUUGAUUCACAUCACAAACGUCGAGCUUUUUGUUCCUGUUCUGCCCUAAGCCACGAAUACUACACAUUGGCAAUGUUGCGGUGGUUCACUUUGGUUGCAGUGUUCAUUGCUAGUACGCAAGUUCAAGGGAAACGAAUAUCGCAGAUCAAAUGUGAAGAGUACAUCAAAUCCACGAUGACGACCGUCAGCGUGAUUGCGCUGGUGCUGAAUCCCACCCCCACCGACUUCACCUCGUUCAACUGUUCCAAGGCGGUGGAUCUCAUUGUGGGCGGAGAGGAAGCCAAGUAUGGCGAAUUCCGUCACCAGGCUCUGCUCGGGUGGGAAACGAACAAUACGGGCGAGUAUCGGUUCGAUUGCGGCGGAACGGUCAUCAGCGAUAGAUACGUGCUGACGGCGGCCCACUGUGCCUCGAAAGGGAACCACAAAAACGCUGCCCCUGUUAUCGUGCGCUUUGCUGAGCAUGAUUUGAGGAUAGCGGAAGAUGAGUUUGAUAUAGAAAUUGAGUCUAUCAAAAGGUACCCGGAGCAUCGCUUCCGAUAUUCGUAUCACGAUAUUGCGCUGGUUAGAUUGAAGGAGCGUUUGCUGUUUUCGGAUCUUGUACGACCAGCGUGCUUGUGGGAUAAUGAAGAAACGAAUGUUACAUCGGUUAUUGCUACAGGAUUUGGACGGAUGGAUGUUGCAGAUGAGCAGGGCUCCGAUACACUACGUAAGGUACAGCUCAAUGUAAUGGAUAUUGAUGACUGCAAUCCGCACUUCUUUGGAACAAGGAGCUUUCCAAGAGGGAUGACUGAUGGCCAGUUAUGCAUAGGAAGCCCACGGGGCGGUAAAGAUACGUGCCAGGGUGACUCAGGUGGACCGGUUCAAGUGCUGGUGAACCCAAACGGAUGCAUCUACCACGUCAUAGGUGUGACCUCGAUCGGAACGGGGUGUGGUUCUAUGACGCCCGCAGUUUACACCAAGGUCGCUAGCUAUAUUGAUUGGAUCGAGAAAACUGUAUGGGGAUCAGGUUGAAAUAAUAGACAAAUCAUUAGCCAUAAUAAAGAAAAAUAAACACGGCUCAUAAUCUUAGCAAUUGCGGGAAAAAUGUUUUAAUUUGUUUGUGAAAAAAAUUGGUUCUGUUGUAGCUGAUUUACAAAAUUCUGGACAAAGUC